UAGCAGGCUAGCGGUGUUGAGACCAGAUCGUCUGCGGUUUCCAUAGUAACGGGCCAUGGAAGGGGACGAGAACGUGGAGCGCGGGAACUGGUCCCACAAGAUGGACUACAUGUUGUCGCUGCUAGGGUUCGCUGUCGGGCUCGGCAACGUCUGGCGGUUCCCAUACCUCUGUUACCGGAACGGAGGGGGAGCGUUCCUGAUCCCAUACGUCAUCAUGCUGCUCCUGUCCGGUCUGCCGCUGUUCCUGAUGGAGUUGGCGCUGGGCCAGUUCUCCUCCCAGGGACCGAUCUCUGUGUGGAAACUCAGCCCGAUCUUUAAAGGUGUGGGAAUUGCGAUGUUCACGAUAUCCAGUCUCAUCGGGAUUUACUAUAUCGUCCUGCUGGCGUAUUCCCUGUUCUACCUGUUCGCCUCCUUCACAAGCGAGCUUCCCUGGAACACGGGAUGUACCAACGCCUGGAACACCCCGGACUGUACCAUCAGCAACCAUGGUAUGAUCUGGAUUAACGGGACGUGGUACAACCGGACGGAGAUCCAGGAUACCGAACUGUGGAACGCCUCCAAGAGGGUGUGGCGGGACGGGGCUAUCCAGAUCUUCUUCUCCCUGGGCACGUCAUGGGGCCAGCUCAUCACCCUGUCCAGCUACAGCCGUUUCCAUAACAACUGCUACAGAGAUGCCGUGGUGAUUUCAGUGCUGAACUGUCUCACGAGUUUUUACGCCGGUUUCGCCAUCUUUUCCGUUCUGGGCUUCAUGGCCAACGAGAUGGGGGUUAAAGUUGAAGAGGUUGCCGACACCGGAGCCGGUUUAGCCUUCGUAGCCUACCCAGCAGCCCUUGCGAGACUUCCCAUCAGCCCCCUGUGGUCAUCCCUGUUCUUCGUCAUGCUGCUAACACUGGGGCUGGAUUCACAGUUUGCCGUGCUGGAGGCCCUGGUCACGGGAAUCGUUGACGAAUUUCCCCGGCGCUUGCGAAGUAAGAAGAUGUUCAUUGUCCUUGGGGUCUGCUCAAUAGGCUUUCUCCUGGGACUUCCCCUAGUUACUCAGGGCGGGUUCUACCUGCUGCAACUGAUGGAUAACUACAGCGGCACCUUCUCCCUGCUCAUAGUCGCCAUAGUGGAGUGUCUGGUGGUCGGCUGGGUCUACGGGUGUGACCGUUUCCUUGACGACAUCGCCAUGAUGGUUGGAUCCCGGCCGUGUCUGUGGUGGAAGGUUUGCUGGAAGGCUCUGACGCCGCUCAGUCUACUGUUUAUCUUGAUUUUCCAAUUCACGGUGUACUCGCCUACCAAGUACGGUGACUACACGUACCCGUUCUGGUCGGAGGUGCUGGGCUGGUGCAUGGUCGGGGUUUCCGUGCUCAUGCUGCCCGCCGUGGCGCUGUACAAGGUCUGCUGCGCUAGAGGGACCCUGUUCGAGAGGGUGUCGUUCCUGGUGGAGCCUAGCUGGGACUGGGGGCCGGCGCUGGACAGACACCGGGACGGGGAGGUGUACCAGUUCCUCCACGGCCGGGACAAGGCGGCGACCGACCACCGCGAGAUGAGCGACUUCAUCCGCCAAGCCACCGGGGGAGACGAGACCACCAAAAUCUAGCGAACAUCGGGUGAUGCCUUUGCCUGGAAGCCAGAAUUCGUUUUC